AUGCCUUCAACUGGAACAAAAGAGGUUCAGGUUCCUCGAACAAAUGAAAAUGUCUUUUUGUUCAUACCCAAUCUCAUCGGUUAUACGCGAAUUAUCCUUGCAUCUCUGUCUCUGUAUUAUAUGCCAUGGCAUCCCAAGGUCUGUGUAAGUCUGUAUUGUAUUUCUUGUUUAUUGGAUGCUGUCGAUGGUAAUGCCGCUAGACAUUUCAAUCAAUGCAGUCGAUUUGGCGCUGUGUUGGACAUGGUGACAGAUAGAUGUACAACCACUUGUCUCUUAUGUUUCCUAUCUCUCAAAUAUCCUGAAUGGACCAUUCUUUUCCAAUUCCUCGUAUCUCUUGACUUUAGUUCUCAUUAUAUGCACAUGUACAGUUCAAUGAUCUCGGGAUCCUCGAGUCACAAGAAAAUCAGUGAGAAGCAAAGUUGGUAUCUUCGCAUUUACUACAACAACAAUAUUGUUUUGUUCCUCAUGUGUGCCGGUAAUGAGCUCUUCUUUGUCGCUCUUUAUGUUCUCAAAUUCACUGGACCUAUAAACUUCUUCUGGUGGAGUGUAUUAUCAGUGACAGGUGUUAUUUGCUUUGCUAAACAAUUCAUCAACGUUGUACAAAUUGUUAAUGCGAGCAAGACAUUAGCAACCAUUGAUCAGGAGGAAAGAGCAAAGAUUGCUUUAGAGAAGAAUAACUAG